AUGGCUCAGAGAGAUCCUCAGUUCAACCAGCAUGUCCUCGUGGACACCACCCCCAUGCCGGACCACAUCCCCAAGGUGGAGGAGGUUGGCGCCACUUCAGCAUACCUGACCAGCGCGGCGUACUUCAUUGGCGACCGCUGCAAGGCGUUCAACGACGACUUCAUGAAGUGCAAAGACGAGGGCAAGGGCCGCGGGGAGAUCGAGUGCUUGAAGGAGGGGCGGAAGGUGACGCGCUGCGCCGCUAGUGUCAUCAAGGACAUCAACACCCACUGCCUCGACCAGUUCAAGGCUCACGCCGACUGUCUCGAGAACAACAACCACUACCUCUUCGAGUGCCGCAAGGCUGAGAUGUCGCUCAACACCUGCAUCUUCGACAAGUUGGGCCUGAAGAAGACCAUCCCCGGCGCCCCCGAGAACCAGGUCCCAGUGCACUUGCGCCCCAAACAGAAGUACGCCCAGUAUCCUGGUCCGCAGUAUUAA